AUGUCAGAUUUAGGUAGAAAAGAUAUUGGUGAUAAAGUCGAAUCAAAAUUAACCCCAGAUUCCCAAAAAUCAACUCCUCAACAAUUUAAAGAUAAAGUUACUGAUGCUGUUGAUGACACUGUUGGUGGUAACACUUCAGGUGAUGGUAAAUCAUGGACUCAACAAGCCAGUGAUGCCAUCUUUGGUGACAAAAAAUAA